GGCAAUGCAGAGGCAGUGACGUCACUGGCCUGCUUCUCUCUCAGCUUCCAGCCCGCUGUUGCCGCACCACAACAGCCGUCGCUAGCUCCAGUGGUGACCGGGGGGCCGGCUCGUCUUGUCACCGAGUCCGUGACAUCCAAGAACCUUCCACGAGUGCGUCCGCAGCCCAAAUCGCCGCCGCUCCAGCUCGUUGGGUCAUGGCCAGGCCAGAACAGGUUCUGCUCUUGGAGCCUCAACACGAACUGAAAUUCCGAGGUCCAUUCUCUGACGUGGUCACCACCAAUCUCAAACUCGCCAACCCAACCGACCGGAAUGUGUGCUUCAAGGUAAAGACGACUGCACCACGCCGGUAUUGCGUACGGCCAAAUAGCGGAAUCAUCGAUGCAGGCACCUCCAUCAACGUCUCGGUCAUGCUGCAGCCUUUUGAUUACGACCCCAACGAGAAGAGCAAACACAAGUUUAUGGUUCAGUCCAUGCUCGCGCCCCCAGACAUGACCGACAUGGAAGGAGUGUGGAAGGAGGCGAAGCCGGAGGAGCUGAUGGACUCCAAGCUGAGGUGUGUUUUUGAGAUGCCAGUGGAGAACGAAAAAACACACGACAUUGAGUCCAACAAGAUGAUGUCGUCCAGCUUACUGAAGUCCGAUUCCUCCUCGCUGCCGCCCAAGUCACUGAGCUCCACCCUGGAUGACGGUGAGGUGAAGAAGAUCAUGGAAGAGUGCAAGAGGCUCCAGAUGGAGGCUCAAAGGCUACGGGAAGAGAACAAACAGAUCAGGGAGGAUGACGGUCUGCGGAUGAGGAAGAGCAACGUCAUGUCCUCCCAGCACUCCUCAGCCGGCCUGAAGAAAGACGAAGGCCUAAGCGCCCGCUCGGCCGCCCUCAUAAUCCUCUUCUUUUUGGUGGGCAUCAUCGUGGGCAAGUUGGUCUUGUAGAGCGCUGUCGUAGUUGGGUUUGGGAUAGGCGGGGGCAGCAGCAUGCUUUUUUUUUUUUUCCUCCUCCUUGAGGGAUGAAAUAAAACGCAGGGGACUUGCAGGAUUUAGGAUCAGAGAUGCCAUAUCUGCUAGGAAUGGGAAGAGGGGACGUUGUUGGGAGCGUGGCAUUUGGAUUGAGCCUCAUUUAUAGUUUGAAGAAAAGGAAAAAAAAGGUAAUGCCUAGGUGGAACAAACAAAAACAAAAAUGAUUCACCGUCUUCUGAACAAACUGUUGCAGGUCUUGCCUAAUCACCGCAUUCAAGUCAUUGUUGUCCCUUUUCACCAAAGUUCACGAGGGGUGUAGCAGAAAAUUUGCAUUUGGUGGUUUUUUUUUUCCUUUCAAUGGUCAGAGGAACAUAACCCUCACCUCCACUGUACAAUCUAUCCAAAUUGGAGCCUUCCACAUCAAAUCCUUUCAUGGGAGAGAUUUAGCUAAUCAUCCAGACAGGUGACACUCACUAAAAUCCACUUUGAUUGAAAAACAACCUCGAUCGGUGUGCAAGAAACCGUCCCUUUCAGUUUCACUUUUUCCUUUCACUACCUCCCCGCGUGCAGGGGGAUCUUCAUUGCAUGUCUUCACAGCCGAAUGUUGCAUCUUGAGUCUUGACUUUUUGGAAUCUAAUUUAAUUGCUUUUAUCUAUGGUAUUAUGUCAUUAUUUGUAGGUUUGCACAAUUCUGUUUUCGGAUCUUUUUAUUUCUUCUCAUUGGUGUGUCAUUUUUAUGAUUUUUUUUUCCUUCAUUUUGUUAGCGUUUUUAAAGCGCAGUAAAGAGUUAAUGCCGUUGCCUGGGAAAACCAGCUGCAGUUUUCGAGGGCGUCUGCUGAUAUUCACCAGGCCAACGCUUUGCUUCGUGAUCUGUUGGGGCAGCUUUGUUUUUCCCCCUGGCUGAUACGACGGUAAACGUAGAUGUAUGCACAGAACACACGCCUUGAAAUCUACACUCACAUGAAAGGUGCAUGCAGAAACGAGGGUCAUUUUGUUUCCGUGACAACAUUGACAACAAAAUCUUUGCAACUUUUCCUCAUCUUUUCCUAUUGAGCCAUACAUUUGUUAAGUGUGAUUGUCCGGACAAAUGUAUGUUAGCAAAUGGUGUCAUGUUGUCAGAUGCUUUUCACCAGAUUUUUUUCUUUUUUUUUUUUGUAUCGCCACUACAUGAGUUCCAUCGUGGUAGUUUGUUCACACACAUGCCAGUUUUGCUUGUCCACGUUUGAAGUUUAUUGCACUAAGGUGAAGAGUGUGAUCUUCUUGUAUCGCUAUAUUGAUGCAUCUAUAUAUACUUAUAGAGCUAAGAUCUUGAGGGACCACUUGUUGAGAACGCACUGUUCUGGAGCCAGUGAUUAUUUUUGACUUAAUAAAAUUGAUAAAUCACAUUCAAAAUGGUUUGAUCGCCCAAAUUUGCAUAAAACAAAUAAUUUUUAAAAAAAGAAUUUGCCUUAUGAGGAAUUUGAAAGGUGUGUGUUCCUCAAACGGUAUCUUGGCUUAAUGGUUCAUUUGAGGAUGACUUGCUGAGGGGAGGGCAGAACAGAACUGAAAUCAACCCAAUAAUUAGAAUGUCGGACCUGCAUCAUAUAGUAUUUGCAGAACAAUGUAUUUUUCACUGAAGCAUGGAAACAGCUGACACAAGAAAAAACGCAGACCAGAAUGUGAAUAAAUUAAAAAAAUGAUGAUAAUAAUAAAGGUGUACCACUACUAUCCUGCCAUGACACACCACCAUUUUGCAAAAAGGCUGAGCCACAUGAUGGCAAUUUAACGUGUAAAUACUUGUUGAUCCAGGCAAGACACUACAGUAACCAUCACCUGAAGCAGUCGAGCAACUGUUUUGUAUGUAUGUAAACAAAUAAGUCUAUCGGAGAAGAAGAUGAAUAUUCCUAGUCAAGUAGUCUCUGGUGUAUAAAAGCAAAAUUCCACCUGGUUGGACUAUGUAGCAUCUUAAUAAAUU